GUCAGAGCUGAGGCUGCAGCAGGAGAAACCCUUUGUCACCAUGGUGCUCAUCGGUGGCCUGCUAACCCGCCACGAGGAGCCAGUGCCACUGAAGAGCAUCUCUGUGAGCGUGUCCAUUUGUGAAUUUGUGGCUGGUGUAUCUUCAACCUUAAACUAUGAGAAUCAGGAGAAAGUUUCUGUGGAAGCCUUCUUUGUAUUCCCCAUGGAUGAAGACUCUGCUGUCUACACAUUUGAGGCCGUGGUGGAUGGGAAGAGAAUUUUGGCGGAAAUACAGGACAGGUUUAUGGCCACUGCCAUGUAUGAAAAUGCCCUCACCCAAGGCUACCAAGCCUUCAUGCUGGAGGAGGACAUGUACUCGAAGGACGUCUUCUGCUGCAGUGUGGGCUACCUCGCCCCUGGAGCAAAGGUGGCGCUCACUCUGAGGUACGUGCAGGAGCUGCCUCUGGAAGCCGACGGGGCCCUGCGCUUUGUGCUCCCAGCUGUCCUCAACCCUCGCUACCAGCUCUCUGGAUCAUCGGGGGCCAGCUGCCUUAACAUGAAGACGCCUGUCGUUGCUCUGAGUGAGCUGCCCUACACAUUCAGCUUGGUAGGCUCUAUCCACUCCCAGCGCGGCAUUGAGAAGAUCCAGUCCAACAGUGCCCUGAAUCCUAUCGAGUUCCCCGGAGAUGACAGGACCUCUGCUGAGAUUUCCCUGGCUGAUGGGCACAAGUUUGAUCGAGAUGUGGAACUCCUGAUCUACUACAAAGAACUGCACACCCCGAGUGUUUCUGUGGAGCUGGGGAAAUCUAGCUCCAGACCAGACACUUUGAUGGGGGCGCCUUCUGCAAUGGUGUGCUUCUACCCACAUAUCCCAGAAGCUCAGCCACCAAUUACCUGUGGAGAGUUCGUCUUCCUCAUGGACCGCUCAGGCAGUAUGCAAGGCCCCUUGAAUAAUUAUGACAGAUCCCAGCUGCGUAUUGAUGCAGCCAAGGAAACACUGAUUUUGCUGUUGAAGAGUUUGCCUCUGGGGUGUUAUUUCAAUGUAUAUGGAUUUGGAUCUACAUAUGAGUCCUUCUUUAAGAAGAGUGUGGAAUACACUCAGGAAACCAUGGAGGAGGCCGUGAAGAGAGUUAAGCUUAUGCGUGCCAACCUCGGAGGCACAGAGAUCUUGGAACCACUCCAAAGUAUUUACAGCGCACGACCCAUCCCAGGACACCCCCGGCAGCUUUUCCUCUUCACAGAUGGUGAUGUUAUUGACACCUACUAUGUACUCCGUGAAGUUCAGAGAAACAGUAUUGAUCACAGAUGCUUCUCAUUUGGUAUUGGAGAAGGAGCCUCUACCAGUCUGGUCAAGAAGAUUGCCCGGCUUUCAGGGGGCACUUACGAGUUUAUCACAGGCAAGGAUAGAAUUCAGACCAAGGCUCUCCGGUCCCUGAAACGUUCUCUGCAGCCUGUGGUAGAAGAUGUUUCCCUGAGCUGGAAUUUGCCACCUGGUUUGUCAGCUAAAAUGCUUACUCAGGAGCAGACUGUCAUCUUCCAGGGUCAGCGGUUAAUUCUGUAUGCCCAGCUCGUUGGAGCGAUGCCGCCAUCAGAGGCAACAGGAGAGGUUUGUCUCAAGUACAAAUUCCAGGGCAAGAAUUUUGAGAAUAAGGUGACAUUUUCUCUGCAGCCCAAGUUUGAAGUCAACCUCACUGUUCACCGGCUUGGUGCGAAGUCCUUUUUCCAGAUCAAAGACAUGGGCUUCAAUGAUACCCCAGCUAAGGAUAAGAAGGACAUCCUGCAGAUGAGCAUGGAGAGUGGCGUCCUAAGCUCCCACACAUCUUUCAUUGCUAUCAACAAGGAUACCAACAGGGCAGUGCAGGGGCCCCUGGUUCGCAGGGACAUCCCGAGGCCAAUGCUGUUGGCAGCCACUGAUUCGAACAUGCACAGUACUAAAAACAGAGUAAAUUCCCAAGAUUUUUGGAGUGGUUCACAGAAAAAAGACUUGGCUUUCAAAAACACCUCUCACAAGAAGGCAAAGGCCCAUUCUCCUGCGGACAAAAGCAAGUUGGACACUCACCAUUCAGACUUUGGAGAGACUCAACUAGUGCAGCUCAUCUCCUUACAGAGGGCAGACGGAUCCUGGAAUCUGAAUGAGGGUCUAGCCAUUGUCCUGGAAAGGAGCUUGUCUGACAUAGAGGCUGCCCUGACUAUCAAGGAGGUGGAUUCCUCCAGCUGGGCCACCGUGCUGGCAGUGCUCUGGCUGCAUACCAACCACAGGGACAUGAAGUGUGAAUGGGAGCUUCUAGAAAGGAAGGCUGUGACCUGGAUUCACACCCUAGAAGACUCCAUCGUGCAAGAGCUUGUGGGAGCUGCCAUAGCCUUCCUGGAGUCCUCAGUGGAACCUGACAUCUUUGAGCUCUGAGGGUGACAUCAGAGCAAACGAGUGCCUCUACUCUGCUGCUGGCCCUUCUCCACUGUGAUGUGUGUGAUCUCUGCUCUCAGUUCCUCAUCCUACAUGCUAAGGCUGUUCACUCACUCUGCCUGAAAACCAGGGGAUAGGGACUCCAGAGUAAGAGAAUUCCCUGUGCUAUGUGUCUCUGUUCACUUUUGGUAAGCUAAACAAUUUGCUAUUCUUACCUAGAUUAUAUUACCUAGGUCAAUAUAAUCUUAAAGAGAGAUCCCAGGCCCUUCUUCAUGGCUUCUGUUUGGGAAGCUUUGCUCAAGCUGCUCAUGAUUACAUGUGAUGUGUGUGCUUAAAUACCCUGUCCCAGUAGAAAUGACAUGAUCUGUCUCUAAAACCCCCACUUAUUAAAGUGAUUGCCUCCACCCUGC